AUGGCUGCCAACGCCCUCGACCACCUCUCCCUCGGUGGGAGGAUCGACUGGCUUGCCCAGCUCGACACCGCCUACCACCCCGAGAAGAACUACCGCCGCACCUCCAUCAUCUGCACCAUCGGCCCCAAGACCAACUCCGUUGAAGCGAUCAACCAGCUGCGCCAGGCCGGCCUGAAUGUCGUCCGAAUGAACUUCUCCCACGGCAGCUACGAGUAUCACCAGUCUGUUAUUGACAAUGCGCGUGCUGCUGAGAAGGCUAUGCCCGGCCGCCAGAUCGCCAUUGCUCUUGAUACCAAGGGCCCUGAGAUCAGAACCGGAAACACUAAGGGUGAUGCCGAUAUCGAGCUCAAGGCAGGCACUGUCCUGAACAUCACCACCGAUGAGAAGUACGCUACUUCUUGCGACACGGAGAACAUGUAUGUCGACUACAAGAACAUUACCAAGGUCAUCGAGAAGGGCCGUGUGAUCUACGUCGACGAUGGUGUCCUUGCAUUCGAUGUCCUCGAAAUCACUGACGACAAGACCGUCAAGGUCCGAGCUCGCAACAACGGAUUCAUUUCCUCCAAGAAGGGUGUCAACCUGCCCAACACCGAUGUCGAUCUGCCCGCAUUGUCUGAGAAGGAUAAGGCUGAUCUCCGAUUCGGCGUGAAGAACAAUGUCGACAUGGUGUUUGCGUCUUUCAUCCGACGGGGACAGGACAUCAAGGACAUUCGCGCUGUUCUUGGUGACGAUGGCAAGCAUAUUCAGAUCAUUGCCAAGAUCGAGAACAGACAAGGUCUUAACAACUUCGCUGAGAUCCUCCAGGAGACUGACGGUGUCAUGGUUGCUCGUGGUGAUCUCGGAAUUGAGAUCCCGGCCGCUGAGGUCUUUGCGGCUCAGAAGAAGCUGAUUGCCAUGUGCAACAUGGCUGGAAAGCCCGUUAUUUGCGCGACCCAGAUGCUUGAGUCUAUGAUCAAGAACCCCCGACCGACUCGUGCCGAGAUCAGCGAUGUUGGUAACGCUGUGACUGAUGGCGCCGACUGCGUCAUGCUUUCUGGUGAGACGGCCAAGGGUAGCUACCCUAACGAGGCCGUUCGGGAGAUGUCCGAGACUUGCUUGAAGUCUGAGAAUGUCAUUCCCUAUGUUGCCCACUUCGAGGAGAUGUGCAGCCUCGUUAAGCGACCUGUCAGCAUUGUCGAGUCCUGCGCCAUGUCUGCUGUCCGCGCAUCUCUGGAUCUGAACGCUGGCGGAAUCAUUGUUCUGUCUACCUCUGGAGAUUCUGCCCGUCUCCUGUCCAAAUACAGACCCGUCUGCCCCAUUUUCAUGGUCACAAGAAACCCCUCUGCUUCCAGGUACGCUCACUUGUACCGGGGCGUUUAUCCCUUCCUGUUCCCCGAGGCCAAGCCCGACUUUAGCAAGGUCAACUGGCAGGAGGAUGUCGAUCGCCGCAUCAAGUGGGGUGUGGCAAAGGCCAUGGAGCUGGGUGUCCUGUCCAAGGGUGAGUCCGUUGUUGUCGUCCAAGGCUGGAAGGGCGGCAUGGGCAACACCAACACUCUGCGUAUCGUCAGGGCCGACACUGAGAGCCUGGGCAUCGGACAGGCAUAA